AUGUCAAGUACUAUUGAAUCACCAAAGCACAAUCCAAUGAGUCGUCUCAUCAACAGCAUAUCUUCAUAUGACAGCAACAUAAUGCUUGCUGCAGUUAUAUCCCUUCUUUUAGUGAUUCUCUUUGUGUUGCUUCUCCACAUAUAUGCCAAGUGGUUCUUGGCACAAGCUCGCCAUAGAAGAAGAUCAAGUUCUGUGUCUGUGUCUCACGUUCUACGUCCUUCAAGAUUCCACCAUUUCCAUAAUUUCACUAUGGAUACUACUUUCUCUACUGCUCCUUCAAAGGGCCUGGAUACAUCAGUCAUUUCUUCAAUUCCAUUGUUUGUUUACAAAGCAGAAGAGUGUAAACAAGGUUCAGAGUGUGUCAUUUGCUUAAGUCCUUUCGAGGAAAAUGAGGUUGGCAGGAGCUUGACAAAGUGUGGUCAUGGUUUUCACGUUGAAUGUAUUGAUAUGUGGUUGAAUUCUCACUCUAAUUGUCCAGUUUGUAGAGCUCCUGCUGUGGGUGAUGAUAAUGACGUUGGAAGUGAUGUUAAGUCCACGGAGGUCAUGAGUACUAGAGAGCCAACAGAUGAGAGGGGCUUGAGUGACGGUGGGGACUCUAGAUUGGAAAUUGUCAUUGAUAUUUCAAAUUCUGAGAAUGAGAAUGGAAAUCUUGUGGCAAACCGUGAUUGUUUAUCAGAAUCAUCAUCUACUUCUUCGUCUCUGGGUUCUUCUUUGAAGAGAAUGUUGAGUAGGAAUAGAUCAGAAAGCAAGGUUUUCCCAUCAAUUAAUGUUACUGAAGUUAAUGCGUGA